AUGGGUGAUGUCCAACAUUCACACACAAGUGACACUGAACAACUCCAUCAGCGAAAAGCAAAGGAAAUUCAAGCAAGAAUCGUUGAGACAUCACAGAGAUCACUAAAAACACUUUUAGCCACAGAAGAAAUUGGUGUAUCAACUGCAGAGGAAUUGCUACGACAAAGGGAGCAACUACAGAGAACUGAAAAACAUCUGGAUGAUAUCAACAGCUCACUUAGCUUCAGUCGAAAGCACAUUCAGGGUAUCAAGAGUGUUUUUGGAUCAUUGAAGAAUUAUCUUAGUGGGACAAAAUCAAGUGAACCACAAGGAAGCAGAUACAAGCCUGAUUCACCUGUUUCAAAUUCUGGUUCAAUGCUUGUGGUAGCCGCAGAAAUGUCGAAGCCAUGUACUUCCUCUCAAUCCCAAAAUCAUCUUGCUCUGGACCUGACUGAUGAGUCGAGUGAACGCUUCAGUGCAGCUGAUCCGGAGAAGGCUCUGAACAAGAAUUUGGACCAUAUGGUUGAUUCCAUCUCUAGAUUAAAACGUUUGGCUCUCAAUUUUGGUGAAGAAAUAGAAUCACAGAACGAUCUGGUCGAGAACAUAAUAGACAAGACUGAGAAAGCUGGUAUAACUUUGAGAGGACAGAACAAAGAUAUUGGAAGAAUACUCAAACGAUAGUGUAAAAACUGGUCUUCAUUCCAUCGAUGUAUUUAGUAUCACAACGUUGUAAUGGUACAAAGCCAAAUUGUUUCAAGUUAGUUAACAAAGAGUUAAACAUUUUCUUAUGAACAGGUAAAUCAUGUUAUGUGAAGUAUUUGUUUUUGUAUUUUAAAUAUCCAAAAUUUCAAUUUGAUGUUUUCCUGUGGGAACGCAAGAGAAAAACAAUUUCUUUUCUU